AUGCCAAGGCCUGUGGUGGAGUACUCUAAAAGGGGACCAGGAGGCAAUUUAACUGUCGAGAUCCCUGGCUCGGCCGAGGACGUCCUCGCUCGCCUAUUCAUCCAAUGCCACUUAUGUCACCUCGUGUGGUUCGUACGACACAACGUCGCCUAUGCAUCGAAUAUUCAACGAAUCAUGUCUUCGACAUCGCCAGAUGAGGACUCGGGCGGGAGGGUCGAUUGGGAUGCCCACCGGGACAUGAUUACUGAGCUUUAUCUAGCCAAGAAUCUGACUUUGAAUGAGGUCAUGCAAAUAAUGGGCCGAGAACACAAUUUUCGAGCCACGACAAGAAUGUACAAAUCUCGUUUGAAAAGAUGGAAUGUUUCCAAGAAAUUAAAUCUAGAAGAGGUCGAACGGAUCUUAAUAGAGCGUGCAAGUGGCGACGGGCUGCCAGUCGAACACAUGUCGGGCAAGACAAGUAAUGAUCGGGUUAAGAGAUACCUGCGCCGCAUGCCGCGCAACAAGGUCAGCCAACUUGAAAGGACGAUCCAUGAGCAGGCAGUGUUUAGCAGGCCCCGAAAAGGAUCGGCGCGUGUUGUCGCGUAUCAAUCCAUUCAUCUGCCUGUGCCGCCAAGGAUGCCCGAAGACCUAAGGAUUCCGGAGUACUGCCAUCAUAGCAUACACCGAUAUCUGUCCGGCUGCAUUGAUCAGGGAAUUUGGGCGAAAUAUCAGGUCGCAGCUGGCCGGACAGGUCUUGAUACCGUUGCUUGUCAAAAUCGUAUGACCUUGACAGCAAUAUUGAUGCAGAAUGGGUUCACCGAGCUCGGGUUUCGUGUGCUCGAGGUAGGCUUCAGUCAGUACAAACUUUGUUUCAACCACUCGAGGGAACUGGCUUUCACUCGGGACCCGUGGUUGAUAACCAUGGUCUAUGGCAUCUACGUCAACCUCGCGCAGAGCCAACCAGCGCUGGCCGACUCUUUCAUAAGAUUCGCGCUUGGACUGUCAAAGAUCAUGCAGCCCGAGAACCAUCCAUUUCGGCUUCUUCUCUCCGAGUUUUACCGUUCAGAUCCGCGAUACGCCAUCCCGCUGGCCGAAAACUUGGUUUGGAACUAUCUUCGAAUGGUGAAGUCCGAUCAAAGGUCACAGGGCUACCUCAAAGGCCUCCCGCUCCAGUUUGCGCUCCUAGUUUGCUGUAGACAAAUAGCUGAGUGGGGUGGUCUAGACGGUAGCAAGGCGGAUGCGAGUAUUCAAUCGUCUCUCGAAGCUACAGCCGAUGUGCCGCAUAGAUAUCAGCGCCAAAUGGCGGCCUUGUUCGUGAAAGCACAGGCUCUGAAUAUACAUUACGCGAAUGGCGACUACGAAAGGGCAAGAGAGACGAGGGAUGAGAUUCUCUCUGCCCCUAAGGAAUUGGUUUCCGCGCAUCGCACAAUUCCGGCUAUAUGCCACCGAAUCUCUUUCCUGCUCGAAACCAAGGAGAGUGAUGGUGAUGCGCGUACCUCUGCUCUAGCCUCUGGUAUGUUGGCAGUGUGCCAGGAUAACUUUGGGACGGGCAACUCAUGGACUGUACGUGCGCUGAUUGAGACGUAUGCACACGCACGACGGUCAGGCAAAGAGGACAUGGCGAAGCAGCUCGAUCAGCAGAUUCAUGCCGCGGUUGAUGAGCUGUGCCAGAAAAUCGACACUCUUGAGCUGCUUCUUUGA